GCCUUAACUCGUUUCAGGCGUUUUUAGCGCCCUUCCGCAAGACUCGAACAAUUUCAUCGACAUGGUGCUCAGAGACAGACUGCCCGGUGAAGUUCGCAACCGGAACCUCGACCCUGCGCAGAUACCGAACUUCGACGUCAAGGUCAAAAAGACAUUCGUCACGAACCGAGACCUGAAGGUGGACUUCACUUCAGGCCUCGUUCGUGGUCUAUCGCAAUUGAGACGUCGGGGUGACUGCGGUGCUCCCGCCUGGGAGGCCGCUAACACGACCUUUGGUUGCCACGUGUCCCUCGAUGGUGUUCGCGUCUCCUACAAGGCCAAGGCAAAGGGCCACAAGGUCCUUGGCUCAACCAACUACGACGUCGACAUGUUCGUUGAGAACACAAACUUUUUCGUCCAGAUCACAAGCGCCCGAUCGGUUCCCGCCGUCUUGAAGACCUUAAGCUUAAAUUCACUGGAGCUUAAGAUAAGUGAAAGCACCAAGCUGGGCCUCAACAACCAGCGCAGGAAGAAGUACCUCGAUGCGAUCAGGUCCCGUAUCCAAGAUCUACUGUCUGCACUUCUGUACGGCAGUUUCCGGGAGGCGCUGAACCAAGCUGUCAGGACCGGGGUCGCACCAUUCCCCUGAUUGUCACCGACGUAUAUACGACGUAUCAUUCACAA